AUGAGAGCACAGGAGGCAUAAUUUGGAAAGUAUACUGACAUACAAUUUAUUAAAUAUUAGUAUUACCGAAAAGAACGAUUCGAUAGCCCCUUAAAGAAGUAAUUCCAUUCAUUAUUCCUUCAAUUAGACUACAAAAAUUAGAAACUAAUAAUGCUUUAGCAGUUAGGUUAUAUCCAAAAACGAUUUCCCUUUUUUUGGUGAACAUAAACGGUACCAAACGUCAUCAAAGAUAGAAUGGAAAGCAACACUUGAAUCUCACUUAUAUUCUGUUGUAAAUUUUCUAAAGAUGAUAUAAACUAAAAAUGAGAAAAAAUUCUAUUGCUAAUAUUAAUUAGUUUCUCAUUAAUUGAUUAGAAAAUAAGGAUGA